AUGGUAAAAAGACAACCCCUAGUGGUCGUUUUGCUUAGUGUGCCUUUUAGAGUGGCUGUGGGGAUUAGGCAGCAUACAGGAAAAGUGGUGCGAUGGGCUUCUGAAGCUAUUAUACAGUUUAUUUUAGGCUUGCUGAUGAUUUUUAACUUUAGAAGUGGGUUUACUCAGCUUGCAAUCAGCGGAGUUUUCAGAGUGCUCAUUUUAAGCUCAUUUAUGUCUGGAAUAGUUUAUUCUUAUGUGUUAGGAUUAAAAAGACUUUGGUAUGAAGAUCACCCUGUUUUAUCUGGCUUGAUAGUUAUAGCUGAGCUAAUCCUAGCAGCUUAUGUGCUUAAAAAAGGGUGGGGUAUGGUAUUGCCGAAUACUAAAGCAAAAUAUAAUUUAGCAUGUCUUAUAGAUUUGAGUAAAAUAAUUGUGAUUUAUUGGUAUUCCUAUUUAUAUUGUAAAAUAGGCAUUUUUUAUUAAUAAUUAGUCAUAUAUAUAUAUAAUUGAUAUAGUUCGCCAAGGGUUUAAAGACCUUGCAUCAGCUAUUCUCACUGUUCUUACUAUUUGUACAUUGGUAGGAAUACCAAAUCUUAAGAAUAGUCCUAAAGAUGCUGAUAAAUAUUUCAUAUUUGUCCUCAAAGCUUUCUCAUUAGGAAUUGCGAAUAUUGUGGAGCUUCCUUUUAUUAUACUCCUAAUUGCGUUCCCUUGAAGACUAUUUAUGUUCUUUUCUGAAGCCCCAAAACUACAAAGCAAAAAUAAAAGAAUAAUGCUGGCUUUACAUUAUUUUGUCGAUGGGAUUAUAGAUAUCCCAUUUAUAGCGAUUUUACUAAUCCUUUUGGCGACAUUAGUCAAGGCAAGUUCUAUGAUUAAGAUUAUUAAAGAAGGCAGACUUUCUAGAUCCCUUAUUUUUGAGCACUUUUUUAUUCUGAUUUUAGAUGUGAUUACAUUAAUUCUAGGAGCCAUUAUUUUCUGUGGAAUUUUAAGGUCUAAAGCUUUAUACAAAUCAAUACGUAUAGAUCUGGCAAGAAGAGGGGGUGAUAGAAGACAUUUACUUGGAGAUAUGGUUACUCAUCCCUAGUAAAAGAACAAAAUCAUUGGAGAAAUCCCAAUUUUUUAUAUAAAACCUGCCCUACGUGGGCGAGCAAUAAUUUUUUAUGAAAAAAUAAAUAAUAUAAGUGGUAAUUAUUAUAAUGAAAUUUCUAGCUAAAUCUGUUUAAUUUUAAACAGCUUGCAUUUUAAACAUAAACUUUAUAAGUUAAAUUAAUAUUUGCUUUAAAAUUAUUUUGAUUUGAGAUUUUUUAAAAAAUAACUCUUAUCCAUAAAGCACAAGUUUUUUUGUUCGCACAUUGAGGGGGUUAUACAUUUACUUGAUACUAUUUUAUUUAUCCCAGGGUGCAUUAUUUUCCUAGCAGUUUUAAUUCCAGUGUAUAGAUUAAAAUAUAUGCUUAAUUAUUUUGAUUAAAGUCUUCUACACUGGUCCAGGAUUUACUAUAAAAAUUAAGGCAGCGUUAAUCAAGCAUAAAAUCUAGCUUAUUCAAUUAGGUAUAUACACUUUGAUUUUGACAAAAUUGCUAGCAAUAGUGAAGAUUAUCAAAAAUUCCUCUAUGAGCUUUUAUUACAAAUCCCUGAAGAAAUUUCUGAUUUAUUCCAUAUUGUGCUACUUUUAACCAGCAUAGUAUUUUUCUGAAGAUUUUUCCCAUUUAUUCUGACUUUUAGAUUUGGGAAUGACUGGCAUAAAGAUGUCCUCAAACUUUUCAAAAGAGGAAUUUCUGACAUUCCUGCAGGUCUGCUAGGCUGCUUUAUUUUAGUUACUAUAUAUAGAAUCCCAUUAGCAAUAAGAAGAAAAAGACAGCACGAAUAUUGGUUUUUGUUAAUGAUGGAUGUGACAAAAGAAAUUUUGAAGGAUUUUUUGACUCUUCCUUAUUUUCUUGUAAAAUUGGUAUGUCCUUGGAGACUUAUUCCUACCAUGAUCCAGAUAUGAAAAACAAAUAUUCCUAAAGAGCAAAGAAAAAUAAUGAAACAAGAUGGGCUGAGGCCUUUAGAAGACUAUCUUACCUUCAUCUUUGUGAUUAUCCUGAUUCUAUCAAUAUGAAGAACUGCAGAAAUAAUUUCCUUACUCCCCCACCUCCUUUAGAAAAAAUUUUUAGCUCACUUAAGGAAGGGUUAAUUUUUCUUUUUUUAAAAUUUAUGUAUAAUUUUUAUUUCAAUUUUUUUUUUGAAAUGUUAAAAAGUCCACAUUCGAAAUAAUUUUAAAGCAAAUAUUAAUCUAACUUGUAAAAUUUAUGUUUUAAAAUGCAGGCUGUUUAAAAUUCAACAGAAAUAGCUAGAAAUUUCAUUAUAUUAAUUAUUAAUUAUAUAUCAAAAUAUAUCUUCUUAAAAAUAUAUAUUUACUCAAGGAGGGUAGGUUUUAGACCAAAAAAAUAAAGAUUUUUCUAAUGGUUUUGUUCGCUCACAGAGAACAUGGGAGUUAGUGGUCUCGCAUAUUCGCCAAGUCAUAAACCAUGAAAAAGUUACAUCAUCCUUAUUCAGAAAAGUCUUCAGAAAAUUCUGCCAGCUUUUAAUAGACUCUCUGAUGCUAAUUAUGAUGACUUUAAUUUUCGUCAUGAUAAUAGAACUCCCUAACUUUUUUAGAAGAAUGCGUUCUUUCUACUAUUUAUAUAAAGAAAGAAGAGGGAUACAGUUUUUGAUAUACAUUCAAUCAUUAUUCCCAUCUAAACCAGUCGUCAAAGAGAAAAAAGAGCAUAUAAAUAAAUUCAACAAAAAUGUUUUUACUAAUGUUUGCAGCUUUUUGGAUAUAAAAACAUUAGGAAAUGUGGCCCAAGCAAAUAAGAAAUUCAAAGAUUUAGUAUCAUUCCCACCUGUAUGGAAAGAACAGUAUGAAAAAUACUGGAAAAGCCAUAUACCUGCUAGCUCAGUAAGAGAAAUCGCAUGGGACGAUGACUAUAAAAAACUUGCAAUCGAAGGCUAUACGAAUUUUAUUGAAAAAAAUAAAGACGUUAUAUUAGAUGAACAAGAAAGAGAUUAUAGGAUGGGCGCGAGGGCUAUUGUACUAGAAGAGUUUGUGCUGACUUCCUCUCCACGAGCGGACAAAAAAAAUUUUAUUGGCUACAGAGGGGGUUAAUUUUUAAAAAAUUUAUAGAGAAAAAUCACGAUUAGAAAUGGAAAAUAAAUUUGAUUUGCAAAAUGUAUGUUUAAAAAAAGAAAAGUCAAACAGAAUUAGCUCGAGAUUUCAUUAUAUUUUAUUCUUAAAAAUUUUUAUUCACUCAUGGUAGGUGGGUUUUUGCCUAAAAAUAAGGACUUUUCCAAAGGAUUUGUUCACUCAUAGAGCGGAGAGUGAGCAUUUUCGGUUUUCCUCAUAUUAUAGCUUUACCUGCUAAAGCUGUAGUUUAUAUCUUGUCAAAAAUUGAUUAUGAUAAAUAUUUCCAAGGACCAAGAUAUUCUAGGUUAUUUUCAUUUGAAAUUUGGGUAAGUCCAGGUGAAAAUAUCACAAUGUUUUAUAAUUCUUGUAAGAGUGGGGUAAAACCAGACGAAGACACUUUAAAGAGCUUUUAUCAUAUUCAAUUGAACUGUCUUUAUAUUAUUAUGUGCAUUGUUAUGAUUAUUGUGGAGCAGAUCUCAUUUUUUACUUGUGCAUUUGAUUUUUUGCUGUUAAGAAUAUUUUCAUUUGGCACUGCUAUUCCGUUAAAUGUAUUUGCAGGUCAAAGAAAUGCGCAGCAGUUAUGGGCUUUUCAAUAUGCACUGCAGCUGAUAGCUGCAUUAGUAAUUAUAGCUUUAAAGAUAGGAAUAUUAGUAUUCCCAUUUAUGAUGUCCUAUAAAUUCACUAAUUACACUAUUAUAGGCUGUGUUUUUGGUCCAGCAUAUAUAAAUGUAUUAGCUUAUUUGGUGAUCUAUGUGAAUUUAAUAACAGCUUAUAGAUACUUCAGCCAUUUCCAACAAUUUAGACCUCACUUAGCAGGAUACUUUAUAUUUGUUUUUGCUAAUAAAGGAAUUGAUAUUGGAGCUAUUUUAUUGAAAUCUUUAAUAGCAAUUGUGAAAGGUGUAUGGAGACUAAUUUCAGAAUUUGUAAGAGGACUUAAUCGUCACCUUUUCUGAGUAUAUAUAAAUUAUUAUUUAUUUUAAAAUUUUUUAUAAUUAAAAGGUAUUUUUAGAAGAUUAAUAAAAAUUUAUAGUAUUUUUUAAUAAAAAAAUAAUCAAGAAAAAUUUAAUACGCAGAGUUACUGUAUUUUUACCAAAAGGACAGAUUUUUUACCUUUAUAAAGCAAUUUUAAUUUCUAGUGGUGGGACUCUUAAAAACUGGGGAUAUAUAGGAGAUUUAAUAUACACUCCUUUAGUUCUUGCUUGGAUAUUUUGGCCAAUAGCAAUUCCAUAUAUAUUUGGAAACUGAUAUCUUAUAUUAUCAUAGUAAUAAAUGGCUUUGGAUGAAAACUUAAUUUACUCCGUGAGUUCCUUUUCCCUCAACCAACUUUAUUAUUAUGGGGUUAGGUUUUUACUAUACAAGAGUAGAAAAUGUAGAGGAAUCUUAUACUUCGCCACCUUGUGCAUUAUCAGCGAUAAGAUAGAGAAAAAAGCAUCUAGCGACACUGAGCAUCUAGAUGCCCAACUAGAAGUUAGCUAAAUUAAGCUAAUUGAUUGAUAUCUUAUAUUACCAAUUUUCCCAGUUGUAAUAUUUUUACUGAUUAAAGGUUAUGCAAUUGCUAAAAAUUCAUGGGACGAUAAAGAGUAA